AUAUGAAGGUGCCGUAUUGACACUUUGUUUUUAUAGGAAUUUAAUCAUGUAUUAUUAAGAAAGUAACUAUUGUUCCGUUCGAGUGCGUGUAUGUUGUUAAUUUUUGCCUCUCGACGGUUGGCAUUUUGAUCAGUGCGAUGCCCCAGACGCGGAACCGUCGCCCGUCGAAGACAAGUGAACAGUCGAGAAAGGCCCCAGUCGAUUAUGUGACCAACAAUGUUAGGGAAAAGGACACGCCUAAAAUACCGAGACAUAUCCGCUACGAUUUGGAAAAUGCUCUAUUAGGGCUUUGUGACGUUUGGUUCGAGGAGAUAAAACCGCACCUAGUGAAGAACAAGUUGAAGCUCCACACGGGUGGAGCCCUAAACGAGGACGGGUACAGUGAGCUGGAGCCGGCGAGGGAGCCCCGGAGGGACGGCCGCGCCCAACUAGACCCAGGUGCUGCCUCUGAUACUCGCCGUCGGGCGGCGGCGAUCUCCAGGGCCUACUCGCCAACGCGGCCCGGGGCAUCAAAAUCGCCGUGUCCCAAGCCGCCCUUGCGAACCUGCCCAACAAGUCCGACCAAUCUUCAUAAUUUACCGCAGACUCGCCGUCGGCCGGCGGCGAUCUCCAGAGCCUACUCGCCAACGCGGCCCGAGGCAUCGAAACUAUCGAAAGCGCCGUGUCCGAAGCCGCCCUUGCGAACCUACCCGACAAGUCCGACCGAUCUUCGUAAAUUAUUGCAGUUGCCCGAAGAUAAGAAGAUGCAGCCACCCGCUCGGAGAGUCACCGCCCGUGAACACUCACCAAGCACACUCGCUAAAAACCCAUUGAACGUACACGAGUUAUCAAAACAGCCUCUCAUUCAGAAAACGCCCCUGCAGAGACCGCCACCGCCGACACAAACCGGCAAAACCCAUCAACGGACCGUGCCAAAUUCAUCGAAACGGAUGCUGGAAGAUAUGGGGAUGCGACCACGUGGCCGGAGGGUGCUUACGCCUUUACCUUCACCAUCACAGUCUAUUACAUUAUAUCCACAAAAUGUCCCGAAUAAUCAAAAAAAGAAAGCGAGGAGCAAUCGAAAAAGAAGAAAACGUGCGAGAACACACAGAAAGACGCAGAUUUCUUCAGCAUCAGUCCCACCUCUAAAGCGUGUUGCGCGUCCGUGUUGCACCGCCUGCGCCUUAGCUAAGGCCCAAAUUAUCCCCAUCCCUCAACUUCCUGUUGCUAAGUUUACUCCAUCGAAACCGCCUUCUAACAACAAGGCUGCUAAUUUUCCCGCGCCCGAAUUUAAAUUCCCACAUAAAUUUCCCACGCGAGAUUGUGUUUUCACCGACUUACCCUUCUAUGCCACAAGCAUCUCACCAGCCGGCGACAUAGCACCGUCUCUGGUUGCUGAACAUUCCUCUUCUGCCUCGAAAUUU